AUGACCACAUCCAUUGAAGAAGUCAAAUCAACUAUUAAGUCAACAGAGUUGAAAGAUGACGAAGCUGAAAAACUUGCCAAAUUAAUCAGUUCAAUUCCUGAUAUUCUUAGCAAAGUCGAUAAUCCAGAAUAUGAUGAAAUUUUUGGUCAUAGAAUAAACACAAGUGAUAAACAAUAUGUUAAUGAGGCAAUUCGUAAUGAAAUAUUGUUGAAAUUCUUAGCUGCUGAUGCAUAUGAUUUAGAUUUGGCAAUUAAAAGAAUAAUUCAAACAUUAAAUUGGAGAAAUGAAUUUCAACCAUUAAGUGCUGCAUUUGAUGAAACUUUUGAUGAUGAAUUAAAUGAAUUAGGUGUUGUCACUGAUUUCCUGAAAUCUAAAUUACAUGUAACUACUUGGAAUCUUUAUGGUAAUUUGAAAAAUCCAAAGAAAAUUUUUGAAAAAUUCGGUGCUAAUAAUAAAAAUGUUGAAUUGCCAGGAAGUCAAUUUUUAAGAUGGAGAAUUGGAUUAAUGGAAAAAUCUUUACAACUUAUUGAUUUCACAAAUAAGGAUAAUAAUAGAAUUGCUCAAGUUCAUGAUUAUAACAAUGUUUCUAUUCUUAGAAUUGAUCCAGGAAUGAAGAAAGCUACCAAAGAAAUCAUUACUAUUUUUGGUGAUAAUUAUCCUGAAUUGUUGAGUACAAAAUUCUUCAUCAAUGUUCCAUUGCUUAUGGGUUGGGUAUUUACAUUUUUCAAAACCAUUGGUGUUAUUAGUCAAGAAACUUUGAACAAGUUCCAAGUUUUGAAUCAUGGCGAUUUACUGGAGUUUUUCAGUAAGAGUGAAUUACCAAAGAGUUAUGGUGGUGAAGUCGAUCAGACUUUAUUUAAACUUGAUAUUGAAACUCAGAUCAAGUUGAGUGAAUAUGGUGAAGUUAUUUUGAAGAAAGUUGGUGACGAAGAGAUCAACAAUAUCAACAACGAAGUAGAGUAA